AAACCAGGCCCAGUUUAUGAUUAACCGCUGUGUACCAGACACUUUGGGACUGAUGCCAGAAUUCCGACACGAAUUUCUCCAUAUUUCUUGCAGUGGAAAACAAUAUCAACAUGAGGGCCUGGUCAGUGUUAGUGUUUUUGGCCAUCGGCAUGUCGAUCACACAUGCGGCAUUUGUUUCUCAACAUUCACCGUCAUCGAACCAAUGGAGUACUUUAACCAAUCUUCUUGAUGGACAAAACAGAUUCCAUAACUUUCUAGAUCUUCUGGAUUCUUCUAAUCUGUUCCCAAAAAUAAACACAUCCCUACACUUCACGGUGUUCGCCUUCCCUGACUCCGUGUUUACCGAACUCCCCGCCAACUACAUCCAAGCCCUUAAAGCUGACCAGGCUAGGCUUGACGCCCUUAUCGGUCUGCACGUCAUCCUCAACGCCGACUACAAGUUCCACGGUGUGGUGGAUCAGGUCCUGACGUCCUCGACCUUUCAGCACGUUAGGGUCAACUUGUAUAACCUGCUCCACACUAACACGGCCCAAGGUGUCAACGUUACCACAAUGAACCAAGAAGUCGUUCACGGGCAUGUACAUAUCAUAGAUGGCAUAAUGAAGGCACCGGUGCCCAACCUCCCUCAGUACUUGACCACUCAGCCUGAUCUCACGAGAUUCGAUAAUCUCAUUAUUCAACAAAAGUUACCAGAUUUUUUUAAAGCGGAUACCACCAGCACCAUCUUCCUACCCAACAACGACGCUUGGGCUAAGCUGAGCCCUCAGGUCAUGGACUACCUGAACACUCACCCAGCUGAUCUUACAGAGGUUCUGAAAUACCACAUCAGCAAGACAACCACCCUGUACAGCAUCGGCAUGAGACAUGCGGUGACUAUCCCCUCGGCCACGCUACACCACGACAACCUGAUGAUCCUACAGGACGGUGAUGGAGAUUUUUCUAUUGAUCACGCUAGACUGAUCCAGAUCGAUAUAAGCUCUGAGACAGGCGUUUAUCACGUCAUCGAUCAUGUAUUGAUCCCACCAAGGGUACUGAUUGCUAUGGAAACCAGCGGUAUUGUUUUAGGGUAGUCAGUAACAUGGUCCCCUAGAUACAGUAUUGAGACAAUAAAAGGUACAUGAUUAAGCUAA